AUGACCAAGUCGGAUGAAACCAUCGACGCGGUGCUUGUGGGAGCGGACGAGCCAUUCCAAAACCCCACGGCACCUGAGAACGAUCUGGAGAAACCCCCGUUCAUCCUCACGACCAAAGGCAGGGGUGGUCAGGAUGGGGAGGAGGCCAUCCCCGACGACGACCCGCGUGUUCGCGACAUCCCGCCGUACGUGCGCCGCGUCGUCAGCCUCACCGACGACCCCGAGCUGCCCACCCUGACAUUUCGCUACUUUGUCCUGACCAUCAUCUUCGUCAGCCCCGGAGCAUUCCUCAGCAUGAUGAGCCACUUCCGCACGACGUAUGCGCCCUACUCCGUCUUCUUCGUCCAGAUCGCCUCUAGCUAUGCCGGUGUCUGGAUGGCCAAGUACACGCCCGCAUGGACCGUCAAGAUCCCCCUUACUCCUUGGAAGUUCAGCCUCAACCCGGGACCAUUCAGCGUGAAGGAGCAUGUGCUGAUCACCAUCUCUGCCGCAUCCGGUGCCACGUACAACCUCGGAUACGCCCCCGUGUCUAUGGCCGAGCUAUAUUUUGGUCAGAAGGUGCACCCUGCGGUUGCCAUCUUCUUUAUGUGGGGUAUCGUGUGGACGGGAUACAGCUUCGCGGCCAUUGCGCGCCAGUUUCUCAUCUACGACCCUCAGUUUCCCUGGUUUACCUCCCUCUGUCAGACUGCCCUCUUUGAGACGCAGAAGCAGCAGCGCGAGAAUCCCACUGCUCUCUCGCGCAAGCAGACCAGGGUCUUCUUCAUAGUGCUUAUUGCCGUCAUCCUCUGGCAGUUCCUUCCCGAGUACGUCUUCCCCAUGCUUGGUUCACUAGCAUUCCUCUGCUGGGUUGCGCCGCACAACUCGGUGGCCAACUUCGUCGGUGCAGGCUACGGGGGCAUGGGAUUCCUUAAUCUGUCCCUCGACUGGUCCAGUCUGUCUAGCUUCUACAACCUGUUCCUCACGCCCUGGUGGACGCAGGUUGUCAUGUUCUCCGGCUACGCCCUUGCCUGUUGGGUCUUGCUUCCAGCUGCCAAGUAUGGUGGACUCGGCGAGUGGAAUCUGCAGCUCAUGUCCAACCGGCCCUUCCUCAAGAAUGGCACUGAAUACCCCAUAAAUUCCAUCCUCACACCCGAUAUAUCCUUCAACGAGACUGCGUACGAGGAGUUCGGCCCGCCCUACGUCAGUACCCAGGUCCUGUGGACCAUGUUCUUCGACUACGCUUCGUACGCGUCUGGCCUCGUAUGGAUGCUCGUCUUCGGUUGGAAGCAGGUCAGCACCGCAGUCGUCAACCUGUACGAGCGUAUCAGGCACAAGGACGCCAAGAUUUCGGAGCAGUACGGUGACCAGCUCAGCAUCAUACAACGCUCUUAUAACGAAGUACCCUUUUGGUGGUUUGCGACGUUGUUCCUGGCCUCCUUCGUCGCGCUCAUCACCAUUGUGGCUACCGACAGCCUAUACAUCCCCGUCUUCACCUACUUCGUCGCUAUUGCCACCGGCGCCAUCAUUGUCUUACCCCUAGGAUAUCUCUACGCCCUGUCCAACUACCAGCUCCCCAUCGGGACAACCAACGAGCUUCUAUACGGACUCAUGGUCAACGCCGUCAGCGGCCACAAGAACCCCGUCGGUGCCUCGGUCUACGGUAGCAUUGCCGGAAACGCCUGGUAUCGUGCCCAGCUCAACCUGCAGGACAUGAAGAUUGGCCACUACAUGCACAUCCCCCCCAAGGCGGUCUUCUUCUCGCAGGUGUUCGGAUCCUUCAUCGGAAUCCCCAUCAACUACGGUGUCGUCCGUUGGGUCCUCGACACCAAGUUCGAUUACCUCACUGGCGCCAAGGAAGACCCCACGCACCAGUGGACGGCGCAGGAUCUCACGUCGAACCUGACUAUGGGCGUCCAAUACGUCCUCAUUGGACCUCGUCGGCUCUUCCAGAUGCACAUCUACAAGUACGUCCCCUACGGGUUUCUGCUCGGCGCCCUGGCCCCCCUCGUGCUCUUCACGCUGCAGCGCUUCUUCCCCCGCCUCAAGUGGAGGCUCCUGAACACGACCAUCUUCUGCUCCACAAUGUCCAGCUUCUACGGGAACAUCAGCACCGGCUACACGAGUGCCUUCAUCGGUGGCUUCGUCGUCAUGUUCUGGGCCUAUCGCUACCGUUACGAUGUCUGGGCCCGGUGGAAUUAUAUCCUUGCCGCUGCCUUUGACGCCGGAUUCAACUUCAACAUGCUGCUAAUCUUCCUCUUCUUCGGAGCCGGCAAGAUCAUCAAAAUGCCGUAUUGGUGGGGCAACAACGAACAGAGCAGUGAGCGCUGCUUUGCACUGGACAGCGACUGA